CGCUCAAAAGUCAAAACAACAAAACAAUUUUUUUCAUUUUUUGUGGGAAAACCUGAAGGGGAAUAUUAAAUAGAAUAAGAAAUGCUCAUAGAUUCGUAAUUUGUGAGUUAAAAAUAGAAAUUGUGAUUCAAGUAGUGGAUAAAUAUUUCUGAAAUGCCCCGUGUCAAAAGCUCACCGAAAAAAUGCAUCAAAACAAAUGUUCAAAAUCCCACUAACUCAUGGGUGUUUUUACUCAAAGGUGAAGCUUUGGAGUUAUCUGACCAAUAUACCGGCACGGGAACUCCCGAUAUCGUGACUUUGAGGCAUCCUAAUACUGGAGAAUCUGCAAUAUUUCUAUUUUCCCCCGCAAAUAACUCGGUACAAGAAAUUCUAACAUUUAAUGAAGGUAAAAGAUCUUUGUUUAUUGAGGAGUCUGUCAAAAGUGAUGGUAAAAUGCAGCUUUCUACUCCAAUUGAUCCAAUAUUUUUAGUACUUCCUUAUCUUCGAAAACAUUGUGUCAAUCAGGCAAUACCUUUAGAACUGUUGCUAAAAGAUGAAGAAUAUCCAGAAACUGAGAGACUUCUGAAGUCUAGUGGCCUCAAAUAUCUUAAUUUAAUUGGUGAUCGUAAGGGGGAUGAAGAAGUGAAUGCAUUUAAAUAUAAUGAAGAAAAAACUUUAUCUUGGUUGAAAAAGAAGACUGAGAGGGUUGCAGACAUUUUAAAACAAAAAAACAUAAAUGUUAUUGGAGGAGCAGUAUCAGCAACAUUCAUGAAAGCAAAGGCGGAGUCAUUCGACAAUAAUGCAUAUCUAAAAUAUGCUCAUGGAAUAGUUUCCGAAUAUCUUGUAGAAGAUCUAAGCUCAAAGUUAUUGAAAUAUUUAAACCUUCCUGAGGAAAGUAAUUUAAAACGUAAAAGUUCGAGUAAUCAAACCCAGCCAGAUGCAAAAAAGCUUAAAAUUGAAGAAGAAAACAAAAGUAGUACUUCCAAUGUUCUAGAUUUAAGUAAACCAGAACCUAAAUCUAAAACAUCGUUAAGUUCUAAAGAAAAAGCUAGAUUGAAAGCAGCUAGUAGUAGCAAAACAAUUACUUCUUUCUUCAAAAAGUGUUGAAAGCUUGGAAUGUCAAUUUUUAGAUUAAUAUGAAUUAAAUGCAUUAGAGUGAUUUUACAGAUUGAUAAUAUUAAAGAUUUUCAUCAAUUUUAUUUGCAUUCCUUGUAAAAUCAUAUAUUUUUCACAGAAUUUUCUUCUAGACGAACGAAGUAUUUCAAUAUGUUUUCCAUAUAUGAAAUUGUCAAUAAUAUUAUGAAAGAAGUAGUGAAUAUUGAAAAAAUUCAAUAAGAUUGGAGUUCUUUUGCUACAGUAAUUAUUUUGAUUGAAUCUCAACCAACUCUAAUUAGGUUUGAUUACUCAGUAUUUCCUUUGGGUUGCCUUUUUAUGGAAUGUGUGUCAAAUAUUUUAUUAUGUAACCUUAAAUUCUUCAAAAUUACUUUCUUUAAUUAGUUACCCAUAUUGUAUUUUGUUUGCUGUCAGCAAAUUGGGUGAAAUAGUUUCUGAAAAUUUGUACUUGUGAAACAUGAGAAUAUGAAACAAUUUUAGUUUUAUAGCAUAAGGAAUGCAUGAACAUGCUGAAUGAAGAAAAAUUGAAUUUCGGAUAACUCGCAAUUCCACUUUGUUAUAGCAUGAUUUGAAGACUCGCAUUAUUCGCAGUUUUCCUAAAACUCCGAAAUCGAAUUGAAAAUUAUCGAAACUAUUUGCCAUUCGUUAUCCACCACGUAAAGGAGGUAGAAUGCCUUUUAUAGAGUCUAUUUCCUAUAUCUUCUUGAAAUCAAGAAGAUAUAGCAAAGGAGGCGCAAUAGGAGAUCGGAACUACCCAGGCAUUCGUGUUUUUCCUCCAUAUACGUCACAUUAUACACGCACAAUGAUACUGAGUGCAUUGGCUUAGCUCACAUAAAGUUAGGUGGUGCCGUGCAAUGUAUUAAAAAAAUUUAAUUCUUCUCCACUGUCCUCGCUAACUUGUGAAAGUACAGUAGAACCUCGAUUAUCCGUGCGCGCUUUAUCCGGGCGGCGGAUUCUCCGUGCGGCAUUCUAACAAGGAGAUUAUAAUGUGUAGAAUUUACGAAGUCCAAAAAC